UUCAACAACGGAGUUCCUUCUGUUUACUCAAGCUGACGGCGUGAGGGCUGGGACCGACUAUACGUGUCACGUGACCAUGACAGUAUCCGCUUACAAUGGGACACACCUUGGAGGGGGGCCCCUGGGAUCCUUGUGGACAAGGACGACGCCAAAAAGCGAAAAAACAUCGAUAACCACAGUAGAGGGCAAAGCUCCAGUAACUAACACGACUUCCAACAAGACAAACUAUUUUGUGGAUGUCACCUUUUACGAUUUCAGAGCUGCUGACGGUGACUUUGUAGGAAUCCCAAGUAAUUACCGUGAAAUGUACAACAGUCCAAGAUACAUUGCAAGCCCGUAUACCAGUUGGCUAGCGGUAUCUUCGAAUCCAACUGGAGAUAGCUUCUCUGAUUGGUUCAGAGCAGAAUCAUCAAGAAACCAGCAUUAUGAAGGAAAACUGCAACUUAAGAAACAGUGGGAGACGGAUGAUAACGGCAAUCCAGUGUUUCGGUAUUUCGAUGAUAAAUUCUUUCCAGUCGAUGGCCGUGGAUGGGGAGCUGAGGGACAGCGUGACUGUUACACCAACGCGCUCAGGAAUUAUGGUUUUACUGCAGCUGUUCGCACAGCGUUCAACUUCUCUGGUCAGGAAAAUUUGGCUUUUGCUGGUGGCGAAGAAUUAUGGGUAUUCAUCAAUGGCCAGCUUGUGGUAGAGGUUUUUCACAAUCCUUUAAACAGCACGAUACCAUGUGCGACAAUCAACUUAUCUCCCGCCCUAAAAGGUAAAAGUAUAUUAGUUCCUAAGCAUGGAGCUGUUGUCGGUGAAAAGUGUCAUGAGUCAGGUUACCUGACAUCUCAAGCAUUCAACAUGACUUUAAGAGUUGGAGAGCUGUACCGUCUGGACGUGUUUAUAGCUGAGCGGUUCAAGUGUGAUUCCAAUCUGCUAUUGCAAACCAGCGGGACUCAAUUUGUUCGACAGUGGGAAGAAACCCUCCCUAUUGACUACAUGGCUGAUAUCAGUGAAAAUCUACACAUUGGUGCAUCAGUACAGGAGUUUGAAGUCUCAGAUGCCUUCUCCUCGGGACCUUACAAAGUCGAAAUUUUUUCAGGCAAUGAACAACGUACAUUCGACAUCAAGGAGGGGACAUACUCUUCACCCUCCCCUCCCACUACAGCAGCUCCUCCUUCGUUUGUAUUGGAUAAUGAGAUAAUUUUUUUCUGUCCAAAUGAAACCGUUAACGNUUAUACCCAUCCUCGCAUCGAAGCUACGUUGUUCGCGAUCAAGAAUGGUACCGAGUUCAUCUGGAGUAACAAGACUAUUGAGUGGACCUACAAAUAUUACAUCUUUGCUGUGGAUGGAGGAACUCCAAAACGAGGCGACAGGAUACCGCUAACCAUAACCUUCAACGCCACAUGUCAAGAGUCAGGGGGAAUAUUUGUGAAUGCGACGAGUGGAGAAGUGUUCUUCCGGGCUCCUGGCAUGACAGGAUCUGAAUAUCCCAGGAAUUCAACUACAAAACCUAAAUGUCGUCGCUGUAGGACUGGGUACUACUGUGUAGGCGACGGAACAGAAGAAAAAUGUGGAGUGACGUCACCAACGGAAUUUUCAUUUGGAGGAGCAACAAACUGCAGUGCGUGCUGGGAAGGCUGGUUAUGCCAUAACGGUACUACAUUACCUUGUCCGCCAAACACUUACGUCAAAUGUAACACAACAUGGUGUCCAGAGAAAUGCUUUCCCUGUGAGCCUGGCACAGUUUGUAAAGCAGGAAGGCAGUAUGAAUGUCGUCCAGGGACAUACAGUGAUGGAACUGGUUUUCCUUGUAAGAUAUGUCCCCCUGGGAGUUACAACAAUGUAACACGAGCGGAGACUUGCUAUUGUUGUAAGUCUGGUUACAGUAGUACUUACAUGAAGACAUCGUGCCGCGCGUGCCCCGCUAAUGAGUACGCUGACCAAGGAGAAUUCCCUAACUGCACACUCUGCCGGACGUGCUUCACGAAAGCGUCAUGUCCAUGCAUGGGGGAGCCUUGUUUUCCUUCCGUGGAAUGCCAUAAUGUCGGAAAUGGAUCAUUCGAGUGUGAAUCCUGCCCUGAUGGAUUCGAAGGAGAUGGAAGAUCGUGCACUGAUAUUGAUGAGUGCGCCCUGGCAAACCCAUGUUACGACACCAAUGAAUGCGUCAACCUCUCUCCUGGGUACCGUUGUGGAGGGUGUCCAGACGGGUACCGCGGUAAUGCUCCUUCAGGUGUGGGCUUAGAGCAUGCGCAGAAGUACAAACAAAAAUGUGAGGAAAUAGAUGAGUGUACUGAGGGAAUCGACACUUGUGAUCCAAACUCAAACUGCAUCAAUACACUGGGUAGUUUCAAGUGCAGCCCUUGUAAACCAGGCUUUAUUGGUGAUGGUUAUCUGGGAUGUUACCCUGGUGACCUGUGCGCCAGUGCACAGCAUACCUGCCAAGUCAAUGCACAAUGUUCUUCUACAGGAGCCGGAAAAUACAAGUGCACGUGCAGAUAUGGUUUUGCUGGUGAUGGAGAAGAGUGUCAGCUGGAUCCCGACUUGGACGCAAUUCCUGUCGAAGGACUCAGCUGCACCUUACCAAACUGUAGAAAGGAUAACUGUCCAAGUGUGCCUAACACGGGUCAGGAGGAUAAUGAUGGUGACACAGACGGAGACGCAUGUGACGAGGAUGACGAUAAUGACUUGAUUCCUGAUAAACAGGAUAACUGCAUCUUUGUGAAGAAUCUUGACCAAGAAGACGGGGACAAAGAUGGUCUGGGUGACGCUUGUGAUAACUGUGUGUCUGUCUCUAAUCCAGACCAGACAGACACUGAUGGAGACGGCAUUGGAGAUGAAUGUGACGAUGAUCAAGAUGGCGACGGGAUAUUGAAUGCCAAUGAUACAUGUCCCAAGUUAAACGCUGCAGGAGACCAAGAGGAUGACGACAGGGACAACGUGGGAAACUUGUGUGAUAACUGCCCUGGAGAUUACAACCCCUUAAAAAAUGGCGCACAGGCAGUUAUGAAUGAGUGUUUUGCUGUUUGCAGAGACGGAGAUGGAGUCCUUGACGAGUUCGACAACUGUCCUGAUUUACCAAAUGGUGAACAAGGAGAUGCCGACGGAGAUAAGAAUGGCGAUGCGUGUGAUGACGAUCAAGAUAAUGAUGGGAUACCCAACAUACGGGACAAUUGUGCCAUGGUCAGCAAUCCUCUGCAGGAACACGACAAGCUAUCCUAUGACGUCAAAGCUAAUCCCGUGGGUGACGCAUGCGUGGAUGACUACGAUGGUGAUGGUGUCACGGAUGUUGAUGACGCAUGUCCUCGUGUGAAACACAUCAGUAAAACAAGCUUCCUAGAUUAUUUUACUGUGGAUCUUUAUCCAGGACACAGCGAUCCCAAGCCGGAAUGGAGAGUGGCGAAAAUGGUAAAGCGUGUAAAAUCUAAGAGGGCUUCGGAAAAAAAACAUAAGAACAUUUUGCGCUUUCUUUUACUUGUUGUAGACUCAAAUACCGGACCAGGCCAGAAUUUGGCCAAAGCGUUGUGGCAUUCAGGCGAUACAGCAAACGAGGUCACGCUGUUAUGGGAUGAUCCAAAUAUGAAAGGGUGGCAGCAUCAGACUUCGUAUGGCUUCCACAUUACUCACAGACCGUCCAUUGGGCUAAUAAGAGUUCAAAUCAAGCAGGGAGAGAAAAUUUUAACGGAUUCUGGAAACAUCUACAACACGGCACUGACCGGUGGAAGACUGGGCAUGUUUGUGUUCGGUCAGCAUGAUGUUAUUUGGUCCAGACUUGAAGCACGUUGUUCUGACAGAAUAAACCAGGCCCUAAUGUUUGAUGGAGUAGACGAUCACGUGACAUUACCAUCUAUUCACACUUUAGGCUUAACAGACAGCUUUACCAUCAGUGUGUGGGUGUACAUGGCAGCGGACUAUCCCAUGACAGUCAUGCCUAUCUUGUGCAGUAAUGACGGAACACUCUGUUUAUAUCUUAAUGACAGGCAAGUAUUGAAUGCGGUUUACUGCUGAUUUUCUUGAAACUAAAAUCAAAUCAAUCCAGGAGACCAAACUUAGGGUCCUUCAUUAGGGUAACAAAAUUAAUAUUACAUGCCAGUAAACCAAUCAGAAUUCGAAGUAAAGAACGAAACUAUUAACCAAUUAAAGCGGGGAGAUUUGCGUCAGCCAAAUCGUGAUUGUUCAACCUCGUUCCCAGUGCUUUUCCCGUCCCUCCCAAUCUCUAAGGGAAAUGCCCUGGGAACGAGGUUAAUGAUUGUUUUGCUUCGCUGCAACUGACUCCUCAACAAGACAAUAUCUCGAUUUUGAUUG